CACCCAACCAACUUGCUACGCGGAUAUUCAACAAAUCUCAUUCCCCAAAACAGAAACUCCAUCGCUCCAGCUCUCAUCUCCUCACACAAAAUUCCCUCAAAUCUCAUCGCAUCGCCAAUAUCACGAUUACAACAACAAUCCAUUCCACACUCCACAAAAACCCAUCUCUUCUUCUUCUUCUUCCUUCUUCAAUUCCCCCAAUGGAUUCUUGGGCUUCCAUCCCUGUUCACGAUGAGUACCAAAAGCUCGUCAUUAGAAUGAACCCUCCAAGGGUGUCUAUUGAUAAUACCUCGAGCAGGAAGGCUACUUUGAUUAAGGUUGAUAGUUCUAAUAGGCAUGGCAGUUUGCUGGAGGUGGUUCAGGUUCUCACUGAUUUGAAUCUCAUAAUUCGUCGAGCUUACAUUUCUUCUGAUGGUGAAUGGUUCAUGGAUGUUUUUCAUGUCACUGAUCAGCAUGGGAAAAAGCUCUGUGAUGAUAGUGUGGGCGAGAGAAUCCAACAGUCACUAGGGCCGAGGGCGCGUAGUUUCAGAUCAUUAAGGAGGUCGGUAGGUGUCCAAGCUGCUGCAGAACAUACGACGAUCGAAUUGUCUGGACGAGACAGGCCAGGCUUGCUGUCUGAGGUUUUUGCUGUUCUUACAGAUCUCAAAUGUAAUGUAGUAGCUGCAGAGGUAUGGACCCACAAUUCAAGAAUGGCUUCGGUGGUUUACAUCACUGAUGACACAAGUGGAACACCGAUAGAUGAUCCCGAUCGGUUGUCUAAGAUUAAACAGCUUCUCCUCUAUGUUCUUAAAGGAGAUAGAGAUAAGCAUAGUGCCAAUACUGCUGUUUCAAUGAAUUCUACUCAUAAAGAGAGGAGGCUGCAUCAAAUGAUGUAUGCAGACCGUGAUUUCGACUUGAAUCAUGCGAGUUGCGGCGAAAGCUAUCAGAGCAGGCCGCUUGUGACAGUAGAGAACUGUGUUGAGAAGGGGUAUACCAUUGUCAACCUGAGAUGCCCCGACCGACCCAAGCUACUUUUCGAUACUGUUUGCACCCUGACUGAUAUGCAAUAUGUUGUGUACCAUGCAACCAUCAUUGCUGAAGAGCCCGAGGCUUAUCAGGAGUACUUUAUCAGGCAUGUAGAUGGAAGUCCCAUUAGUUCAGAAGCAGAGAGGCAGAGGGUUAUCCAUUGCUUGGAGGCAGCAAUUAAGCGACGAACGACCGAGGGUAUAAAACUCGAGCUUUGUAGUGAAGACAGAGUCGGGCUUUUAAGCGACGUAACGAGAAUAUUUAGAGAGAAUGGUCUUUCUGUCACUCGAGCUGAGGUUACCACGAGAGGAAGUCAGGCAGUGAAUGUUUUCUACGUGACUGACGCAUCAGGAAACUCGGUAAGGAGCGACACGAUCAAGGCAGUACGAGAAGCCAUUGGGCUAACGAUACUCCAUGUGAAGGACGAGGAACAACAGUCAAAGUAUCCAGCGCAGGAGGGGUCGGGAUUCUCAUUGGGAAACCUGUUUCGGUCGAGAUCAGAGAAGGUACUUUACAACUUGGGUUUGAUAAAGUCAUGUUCAUGAGGAGUAGUAGGAAGUAGGAAGAAGUAAUAUUGAUGUAAAUAGUAGAAUCAUCAUCAUCAUAAUCCUUCAGUAAAACAGCAGAGGUUUCAAAUCAAUGGUUGUUGAUAUUGAGACAUGGCUUCAUCAAUCAAAUACAUGGCUUCAUUUAGAUUCUAACUUGUACAAUCAUAGUAAUGAAUGUACAUAAUCAACUCAA